CUUUGUUUUAUAACGUAGUGAUUACAUACUCUUUGACUUGUUUUAGCAAAGUUGAGUUUUAAUUUUAGGAUAACCUUUUUCAACAAAAUAUGACUGCGUUUGAAGAGUUCGGGGUCCUCCCCGAAUUGGCGAAGGCGAUAGAUGAAAUGGAUUGGACUCUUCCAACAGACGUGCAAGCUGAAGCUAUUCCACUUAUUCUCGGUGGAGGAGACGUGCUUAUGGCAGCGGAGACCGGUAGUGGUAAAACUGGCGCUUUCUGUUUACCAAUAUUGCAGAUUGUAUGGGAAACACUAAAAGAUAUACAAGAGGGAAAAACUAGUAAAGUUAUACAGCAAACAUCCACGGAAUGGACAAUGUCUUUCUUUGAUCGAACUGACGCUAUGGCGGUGACUCCGGAUGGCCUCAGGUGCCAAUCCCGGGACGCUACUGGAUGGCACGGCUGUAGAGCAACCAAGGGAGUACAUACAAAGGGUGCUUACUACUACGAAGCCAUGGUUACUGAUGAAGGAUUAUGCCGAGUCGGAUGGUCUACUCAGGCUGCAAGACUGGAUCUUGGCACAGACAGACUAGGGUUUGGGUUUGGCGGCACCGGCAAGAAAUCAAAUGCCAAGCAGUUUGAUGAUUAUGGCAGUGCUUAUGGAAAAAAUGAUGUUAUUGGUUGUCUAUUAAAUUUAAACAAUGGAGAAAUUCGAUUCACAAAGAAUGGUGAAGAUUUGGGUGUAGCAUUCAAGUUGGACCAGUCUCGCCGAGCUGACUGCUAUUUUCCAGCUGUGGUUUUAAAAAAUGCUGAGAUGAGCUUCAACUUUGGGACUACACCUUUUAAGUACCCACCUACGGGAGACUACAUUGCAGUAUGCCAGGCACCAAAGGAAUAUGUAAAACAAAAUGUAGUGGCUGCCGUAGCUGCCUCUGGAGCUCUGAAGCCAGUCAAUAAUGCCCCACAGGCUAUUAUUAUUGAGCCCUCCAGAGAGCUAGCAGAACAAACUUGCACGCAAAUAGCGAUGUUCAAGAAACACCUGGACAACCCAAAGGUGCGGGAGCUGCUUGUGGUUGGUGGUAUCAAUGUGAAGGACCAGAUCAACCAGCUGAACUCUGGCGUUGAUAUCGUUGUUGGUACACCUGGUAGAUUAGAAGAUCUUAUUCAGGGAGGUUAUUUAGCUCUCACGCAUUGCCGAUUCUUUGUGUUGGACGAGGCGGAUGGGCUACUAAAGGCUGGCUGCGGGGAACUGAUUGAGAGACUGCACAGACAAAUACCGAAGAUCACCGCGGACGGGCGACGAUUGCAAAUGGUCGUGUGUUCUGCGACAUUGCACGCGUUUGAAGUUAAAAAAAUGGCGGAGAAGCUGAUGCACUUCCCAACGUGGGUGGACUUGAAAGGCGAGGACGCGGUACCGGAGACCGUGCACCACGUCGUCGUCAACGUCGACCCACAGAAGGACCGCUGCUGGGAGAACCUGAGAAAACAAAUCACAACGGACGGUGUCCACGCAAAGGACAACAUUCGCAGUGGCAACACUACGCCAGAAACAUUGUCCGAAGCCGUGAAGAUACUCAAGGGAGAAUACUGUGUACGCGCCAUAAGGGAACAUAAAAUGGAUAGGGCGAUAAUUUUCUGUCGUACAAAGUUGGACUGUGACAAUAUGGAGCGCUACCUCAAGUCGUUCGGAAGCGAGUUCUCGUGCGUGUGCCUGCACGGGGACCGCAAGCCGCAAGAACGCAAAGCCAACUUGGAGAAGUUCAAGCAGAAGCAGGUGAAGUUCCUCAUCUGCACCGACGUGGCCGCCAGGGGCAUUGAUAUAUCCGGAUUGCCUUUUAUGAUCAACGUAACCUUGCCAGAUGAGAAGUCCAAUUAUGUCCACCGCAUCGGACGCGUCGGUCGCGCUGAACGUAUGGGUCUAGCCAUCAGUCUUGUUUCUACUGUGCCAGAAAAGGUGUGGUACCACGGCGAGUGGUGCUCGUCGCGCGGCCGCAACUGCUGGAACACCAACCUCAUCGAUGACAGGCCGAAGGGGUGCUGCAUGUGGUACAAUGAACCGCAGUACCUCGCGGACAUAGAAGACCACUUGAACAUUACGAUCCAGCAAGUCGAAAACGACAUGAAGGUGCCUUGCGACGAGUUCGACGGCAAGGUCGUGUACGGCCAGAAGAGAAAACAAGCAGGCUCUGGGUACCAGGAUCACGUGACACAAAUGGCACCCGUGGUCCGAUCACUGCAGGAGCUAGAGUCGCAGGCGCAGAUUUAUUAUUUGAAGAACCACCACAAUGUCGCCGUUGCAUAAUGUGUUGUCUCGAUUGAUUUUAUUAUAAUACCUAUGCAUUUACCGCCAAAUCAACAAUUAGUUGCACUUAUAUUUAUUUUUAGGCAAAUAUGUAUGAUAGGAUUU